AGCCAUUAAAACAAAAAGAAGAAGGCAGCAUGGUGCAGGAAAAUGGCUCUCAGUAACGUCCUGAAGCGGUUAACCGGAGUUAAUCUCCAUCUGUUUAGUUCACACGCCCGACUUGGUGUUUGCGCUUUAGUGAGCAAAUCCGUACAGAUUCGCGGAUAUGCUAAAAAAGCCGCUGCUAAAGGAAAAGGAAAAGGCAUGGUGAAGGAUGUGCUAAAGGGCCCAGAGGUGUGUAAGGACCCGGUGAGGCUGACCUCACACGCUGUGGGAGUAAACAUCUACAAACAAGGAGAAGAUCCACCACUGAAACCCCAAGAGGAAUAUCCAGCAUGGUUGUUCGAGUUGGAUCUUGGUCCCCCCAAAAAACUCCAGGAACUGGAUACAGAGAGCUACGAAUACUGGAAGCAACUGAGGAAGGAGCACAUCUGGCGUUUCAAUAAACUGCAUAAAGGAAAGAAAAUCUGAGAAAAUCUGACCCACUUAUUUAGCAUUGAGGAACUUUGAUACAGUCUCAUUUUGGUGAGAAAGUGAAGGUGUCGGAUUGAUGCAGUUCAGAUUAUGAUCAACUUUCCACACAGCUGAUCUGUUAAUCACAUGAGCUGUGUGGGUCUGCGGUACUCGUUUGUGUCGGUCAACACUUGCACCAACUACUGUGUGUAUUUAUUACACUGCCUCAGGAGUGACUAUUACAGAGUGUACAAGGAAAUGUAGUUGGAACUCACAUCAUCACUGUCACUUUUUUGUCUAAAAAUGACAAGUAUGUCUUUAUUCAACAAUUUAAUGUUUUCGUAUGUAAAUAAAGUGACAACUGUUCUUCCUAA